AUGUUUGUAUUCCCAGCCUUUGAUGAAAAUUAUAAAGGUCGGAAAAGAACGUUUAAAUGCUGCCGCAAAUGUCGUUCUAAAAGAAUGAAAUGUACUAUAAGUUCGAUUGAUUUUGAGAUUGUGGGAUGUGAUAAUUGUCAAAAGCUGGGAUUGAAAUGUGAUUUAAUAAAGAAUGAAGAAUCUUCUUCAAAUAAGAAGAAAACGACAAGACCUUCAGCACCAAAGUCAACCACUCCAGUAACGGAGCCUUUGGACAGUGGACAAUUACCCAGUGUUUUGCAAAAUGAUGUGAAUUUUCCUUUUGGUAACGAUUUUUUAAGCCAAUACCAGCCAAUAAUGAACCCACUAAUAACCUCCCCGUGUUCCAAAGGAAAUAAGGAAGAAUCAAUGGAAGAUAUAACGGGAGAGUAUUUAUAUAAAAAAUAUAACUUUGUCAUAUCAUUAUCUACACCAAAGUAUCUGAUAAAUAAGAUUCCUAUUAAUGGGAAUUCUACUAAUGACAUUGUUCAAACUCGACUCAAACUGGGGCCCGAUCAAAAUCAUAUAAAGAAUUCAUCAUUCUAUCAUUUUUUACAAAACAUUAAUGCAUUUCAAUUGAAUUCUCCUGGAUUUGUUGAGAUAACCCCGACUGAUUUGAUCAAACUUAUUCAAAUCUAUUUUUUCAAAAUAAAUUCAAUCCUACCGGUAAUCGAAGAAGAAGAGUUUUGGAAAAAUUAUCAACAAAACACAAUCUCGAGUAUAAUAGUAUAUUCGAUUGUAUUGAUAAUAAGUAAUGAUGAUUUGGCAAAACCAAUUUUGAUGAAAAGUUUACGGAAUUGUGAUUUAACUAAAUUUGAAACCCAUUUGCAAAAAUAUCAAGAAGAUUUGGAAUUUAAAAUUAGGCAAUUAUUGCUUGUGUUACCCGAAUUGGGCGAUAUCGAUAGAUUGAAUCGGUUAAUAACUCAUGUAUUAAUCCUGCUUCAAUUUGGAUUCAAUAAUUAUGCUAGUGAACAAAGUAGCCAGGAUUUAACUGACGCAAUCAAUAACGCAAUGUCUUUAUUGAUUCAUUUCCAAUCACUCCAUGAUAAAUUGAUAAGUGAAGGACUAGUGGAUAAACUGAGAUAUCUUGGUGAAUUGUUUUGGACAUUGUUUAUCUUAGACCGAUUCAAUGCCAUGAUCAAUUUCAAAGCAAUGUUUAUUAAAAGAGAAGAUUUCAAUGUUCAAUUACCAAUUGAAAAUGAGUACCUAAUGAAAUUAGUCAAGGUGACAUUUUCUUUAGAAGAUAUGCUAGUAUCAGUUUACCAACCCAAAAAUAAUCUAAACCAGAAUACACCUUCGGGGAAUAAUAAAUUAUUUGAAGAAAAUGAUUUUUUCUUGCAGCAAAAUUUCAUCAAUUAUAAUCCCAAUAACCAGGUUAAACAGGUGAAUGAAUAUUUACCUGGUUAUCUUAGUUUACAAGAGUACCAACACCGAACGGUCUUCUUUAUUGAGAAAAGUAUCGAAAGUGUUAUAUUUUUGGGUUAUAGAUCUAAAGAGCUAAAAGUUAGCCAGUAUCAAGUGAUCGACCAACAAAGUUUAGCGGUGGCAUCCAAUAUUAAAAAAUACUUUAAUUACCUCACUGAAAACCAAACUAAAAACAACCUAUUGAUUAAUAUAAGUAUUAUCCCGCUGAUAAUCUCGAUUUUUUUCUCGGUUCCAAUCACCAGUAAAAUGAAAUUAUUGAGUAAAUUAAAGGGGAAAUCAGCUUUGGACAUAACCCAGGACAACGUGGAAACGAUUGAAAUCCUACUAAACGACUAUUUGGCCGUUGUUCAAAACUUCACUCGCAAAUGGUGGUUUAUUGAAGAUGUCAUCAGGACCCUCCACAAAAUGAAUAAACAAAUGAAAAAAUUGAAAAAUCAUUCCUAUAAGAAAAAUAAAAAAAGGAAAAUCGCUUAUGGUGAUACCAACGCCCUUCCCUCCAUACCUCUGGUAUCGUCGCCUCAUUACUAUAGCGCGAUCAUGCAGUCUUCGUCCGAGUCAGAAGACGAACCGCCGGUGGCCCCGGCCCAAGACUAUGUCCCCAGCCUGGCUGACGAUACCAUUUUCGAUCCCGAAAAGUUUAUGGAUGUCUUCUACAAUGAAUUUUCCCUGGUUCCCAACGUCAUGAAGUUCCUCGGCGAUCCCUAA